AUGUUUUCCUUGGAAGAAGAAAACAAACUGGCAGAACAUUUGAAGUUGAUGGCGUCUGUUGGCUAUGGCUACACAAGAGCACAGGUUUUAAAUCUUGGAACCGACUAUGCCUCCCACUUAAUCAAACGGCCACACGAUUGCAACUCUCUUUCUCUACAGUGGUUUUAUGGGUUCAUGGGAAGAUGGCCAGAAUUAAUGUUGAGACGACCCAAAUCCUUGUCAGAGCUUCGAGCCUACGCUACUUCAGAGGAAGGCAUAACGAAAUACUUUGAUGAACUGGAGACAAUUCUUGAAAAGUAUGAUCUCAAAUCAUCUCCUGAAAACAUAUAUAACGUGGAUGAGAAGGGAAUUAGUAUGACUCACGCACCUCCGUAUGUUGUAGGAUCCACAGACGAGGUUGCAAUUGAAAUAUCGCCAGAAAGAUCAUCCACAGUCACUAUGAUAGGGUGUGGCAAUGCACUGGGUCAACAAAUCCCACCAUAUUUCAUUUUUCCUGGGGCUCGAAUGUGCCAAGAACUAUUAGAAGGAGCCACCAUUGGUACGAAUGGCACUGUUAGUAAGUCAGGAUGGUCCAAAUCAGACAUAUUUCAAACAUGGCUUGUAGAUCAUUUUGCGAAGUAUGCAAAAGUUGGUGGAGAUCAGAAGACAUUAUUGUUGUAUGAUGGUCACAGAUCCCAUAUUUCUCCUUAUUUGGUUGACUUUGCAGUGCGGAAUGGAAUCAUCCUGUUUGUUCUACCACCUCAUACAAGCCAUAUCCUUCAGCCGAUGGAUGUGAGGUGUUUUGGACCGUUUUCUAAAGUUUUCAGUGAUGAAUCUCGAAAAUGGCAACGUUCUCAUUCUGGAACUCUCACCUGCUACAAUGUCUGCUCUAUUGCAUGUCGAGCUUGCAUGUCGAGCUGA